CGUGCUGGGCUUGGUGCACUGCAUUGUGGAUUGGGACAUACGCAUACCUCUGGAUUUCUUACAACACUUGGUGUACCAUCAAUUUCCUCAAGCAAUUUCAAAAAGCGGGAAAGAGAAAGUGGAAAAGCAGUAGAAGAAGUGGCUAAAGAUUCUUGUAAUCAGUUUAAUGAGGAAGAAAAGCGGUUGUCCACGACUGGAAAUGAGGAAGUAGUAAAACUCGGAGUGUCGUACGAUAUGGGCUGGAGAAAGCGAGGACGUUGUCACGACUCGUCGUCAGGAGUGGGCACAGCAGCAGGGGUUACAUACCGGAAAAGUCAUUAGUUAUGCUACUCGCAAUAAAAUGUGUAGGGUUUGUGACGAAGCGGGAAAAAAAGAAUAAAGAAGCAGAAAGCCACGACUGUCGAAAAACCACGAAGGAUCCUCGAAAAGUAUGGAGGCAAACGUAGCAGUCGAGCUUUUUUCAAGCGCCCCGAAAAGUGGAGUGAUUUACUCGACUUAUGUGGGAGAUGACGACAGCGUCACAGAAAACCAUCUCAAAACGCUGGUUAACUACGACAUUGAUAAAUGGAGUGAUGUGAAUCAUGCAAGUCGUACACUGGGAACGAGAUUAUACAUGGCUAAAGGAAAGAUUAAAGGGUUGACUCUAACGUGAUAUCCUACAUCCAAAAGAGCUUCACCUACUGUGUUAACAAAAAACAAGGGCCAGCCAUCCUCAUUACUCGAAGGGCUCACCUCUAUCGUACCACACGCGUUUGGCAAACACGAUAACUGCAGCAAUUCCUGGUGUGGAUACAAAAAGACCCUGAAGGCUACAAGCACGGAAGUCUUCCAGGAGGCAAGGACCUGACGGGCGAAGAUUUACGUGCAACCUUGGAAGAAGCUAUUCGACCAUUUCUUUCUCAUGACUCCGUGAAAAAGCUGGCCCCAGCGGGCUCAUCACAGAGAAAUGAAAGUGUAAACAGUUCCAUUGGCUCGAAAGCGCCGAAAAUAAGACAUUAUGGAGGCUCGCAAAGCAGCGACUUUAGAACCGCUGCAGGAAUAGCUCAGUUUAACAAAGGGAACAGAUAUCUGACAUUAGCCACGGAAAAAAUGGGUCUGGCACAGACGCAUAUCACAGAACAGAACACCGACAAAAUUGACAAGAAAAGGAAAAGGGAUGGCGAGCGAAAGUCAACAAAAGAGUUCAAAAAAGCGAGAAGAAACUCUCGAAAGAAAAAGAAUCAAAAGACCAAUUCUGCUGAGAAACGCGAGUCAGCAACGUACGAGACAGGGAUCGGCUGGCAACAGAGCGACAAAGAGAAAGCCGCCAUCACGAAUGCAACCAUGAACGAUCUAAAGGCAUGUCUGACAAAGGAGGAGUUUAGUGAUUAUACCGAUGAUCUCCCAAAAUCCAACGAAGGGAACAGCCAGGAAGUCUCCGAGUUACCUGUAAUCCAACAACGUUCACGUUUUCUUCAUUUGGCCCUCGACAUAGAAACAACAGGUCUAGACCGGAAAUCGGAUAUUCUGCAGAUUUCAUGCAUUCCACCAAAUGCUGAAACCAAAUCAUUUUCGGUAAACCUUUUCCAGAAAAUCGAAUUAUUGGCCAGUCAGCGACGCAAGUCCACGGUAUAAGUGUAGAGUUUUGUAAGGGCAGAAAAACAUUAUUGAGAAGAGGGAAAGAACUGGAGGCCGUAUCGCAAACUCAGGGUCUCAGUGAUUUUUGCAGUUUCCUAAAACAGCAGUCCCGUUCCUUCCAAGUUGUCCUUAUUGCACACAAUGGUGAAAAGUUUGACUUCCCAGUUCUGAUCAAUGCUCUGAGAAGGAACAAUCUCCUUGAAUUGUUCCUGGCUACUGGUGUUGUCCUUGUGGACUCUCUAAAGAUUGUUUCGACAGAAAUGAAGCAGAAAGGUAGCCCUUUGUAUUCCUGCAAGAGCAAAUCUUUGUCCGACGUUUACGAAGUUUUACUGAAAGAAAAGUUUGAUGCACAUGAUGCACAAGAAGAUGCUACCGCCUUGUCGCGUAUUUUAUUUCAGUCCCCUCUGCAA